ACAGCUCCUGCUAGCAUUGUAAUUUGGUGGCAGGGGGUACUGGGAGCAGAUGGUACUGACAGACUGUAACUUACCCUGCAGAGGGGAGGUCAGUGCAUGCUGGGAAAGACCCCGGAGACAAAGGGGGAGAGAAGGGAGGCUAACAUGCACAAGGAGCAUUGUUGCCACAUGGCAAAUGUAUAAUUCAGAUAAAAGUAGUAACAUAAAACUUGUGAAUGCAGCUGGGUCACUUCGUAACUCUCACUCCAGUGAUAGCUGCCCUCUGACCUUGAUUUGUGCAGCACAGUGGCAUCAGUGGGGUGCACGGUACACAGUCACCUUGGCAAUGACAAUCACUGUCCUACCAUGACAUCAUUUCAAAGAAAAGAUGAAGAGGAGGAGGAAGAGGAGGAGAAAGAGUAGAUGGUGUGAGGUGUGGUGAUGGGGGGGGGGGGUCAUAUCUUGCACUACAAAACCCCUGCAGCAUCCCAGUUGAUGCCCCAACAUCCAGCUCCUGACAAGAGGACGAGCGAGCCGGAGAAGAGAAUCGUCCGCUCAGUUCCAUCACAGAGCCAGCAGUGGGAGGAGUCAGGCGAGUGAGAUAGUGAUGCUCCAGGCAGGUGCCAACAAGUGAGAGGUAGCCUACAGUCUAAGACGAGGGAUGGAGAAGAGUCAGUGAGAGCAGAAGACACCCAGAGCUCUGAGAGAAGACAACAGUUUGCGUGUUUCCAGUGUUCCUGCACCAGUCGUUCCUGCUCUCGUCUCUGCUGCCAUGCUGUGUCCUGUGCUGCUCUGUGCCGCUCUGCUCCUCCUGACGCCCCUGGACAUCACAGAGGCUCGCGCUCUGCAUCCCUCUACUGAUGCCGCGCAGUUUAUGGAGCAGUUUCUGGAACGCUACAAUGACCUUUUGACCCUGGACGACCUGGAGAACCUGUUAAACAGCCAACCAGAGGAGCAGUCCACCUUCUCCUCCGGGGUCAAAGCUGCCGAGUCCCCCAAAUGGGCCGACGUGCAAACGCAGCCCGAGACCCCCUGGCUGCGCCUGCUGAAGGGCGCCCUGGCCAAUCAGAAGCGCGCAGAACCGGAGCGGUCACGGCGGGGAUGGAACCGGGGAUGCUUUGGGCUCAAACUGGACCGGAUCGGGUCCAUGAGUGGACUGGGCUGUUAGGGGAGAAAUAAAGACUGAUGACGUCCUUCUUAGAUUAUUCACGUGGGGAAAAAAACCCCACGUGAGGGCGUUCACCUGCAGAGAGGGAGGUCCACAUGCCUGUAGACUACAUGUAGUGUGCGUAACGGUGCAGUGUCGCUAAUGUGGUUUCAUCCUGCGUAGAUCAGAUGCUUCACACCAACGUUUAACCGAGCAGCUGUAGUCUAUUACGUGUUUCAAUGUUCAAACUGUGAGAUGUGUUUACAUCAAACUGUCAUCGCUGGUUGUCGCCUUGUUUUGUUUUUUUCUAAGUAAAAAUCGGCACUUUGUGUGUUUUAUCCGUGACUGUGCUCUGUCACUGUGAAGCUGUGUAGACAUUCUGCGGCCAGAGGACUGUGUUCCACAUCAGGUGUAACGGACACGAUGGCACCUGUGACUCCCGCUGGUGGUUUUCUGUUUUCCUAUGAUUUGCAUGAAUAAAUGGAUUUGUCAU